GUCCGAGUGGUUCACCCAGGGUUCAACGCCGUUAGCGUCAUCUGUCUGAACCACAGAUCCUCUCGUAGGUCAAUCGAAAUUACACGUGAAUGAAACGCUAUGGUGGGCCCGUCCAUCCGCAUCAGACCUGCAGGAGAGUCUUCCAAAGCCUCCAUGGUGGAUGGCGGGGAGACAUCACAUCGCCUCAUUGGCUUCCUGUUAUCCCAACCACAGUCUACCAUGAACAGGCUCUAUCAGAAGCCUUCUUCGUGCUUGUCAAUCUUUAGGUUACUCCAGCCCUUGGAACGACAAAUUGUGAUGAACCUACUAUGGCUCGAAACUCCGAUUCCAGGAGCAACCAUGGCAGCGUGGGUCACUCGGGAAGGCAAACGGCCGUAUCAGGAAGCUUUGUCUACUUUACAGAGUCUCCACAUCUUACCCCAACAAUCGACAAGGCCAGGACCUCCGCAGCCUGUGAAGCACAAUCUCAAUCCCACCUUCAAAGCGAGCUUGCGACAAGCCAUCACAGGAGGCGGGACAAGCGGCAGUUUCGGUAUACUCGCCGAAAACGACGACAAACAUCCCCCUCCAGAUAUAGAAGCUUUAGAUGCAUUUGCGCUGGAACGCUGGGAGACCAUUCUGUACUACAUGGUCUCUUCGGGUACGGGCCAGUUCCCUGCCAAACCAUCACAAGGGGUGCUAUACUUGCUCCAGCGCAGCGGCCUUAUGGCCACCGUACAUGGCGCUACUUUGCAAAUCACAUCCGCGGGGUUCCAAUUCCUCCUUCACCCACCGCAUGAGCAACUAUGGGAACUGCUCCUGCAGUACCUUCAGAUGGCAGAGGAAAGACAGAUGGACCUUGUAGAGGUCCUCAGCUUCCUGUUGAUGUUGUCCACCACCGAACUUGGCAAGGUUGGAGUACACACCAUUCAAUUCAUUGCGCAAGUCACUCAAGCUAUACCACAUGCUCAGAGCUAUUCCACGGAAAACCUGAGUGCCACUCAAAAAGCAAUGCUCGAAGAUCUGCGGGACUAUGGUCUGAUCAGACAACGCACGGCGACGUCUAGGAAGUUCAGUCCGACCAGACUAGCAACUACACUGACGUCUUCGUCACCACCACUUCCCACGUCCGCCGGCACGGGAGACGGAUCGCAUGUUCAGGGGUUCAUCGUCCUCGAGACCAACUACCGCCUUUACGCAUACACGGAUAAUCCACUCCAAAUCGCCGUCUUGAACCUCUUCGUAACGCUCAAGUAUCGAUUCCCCAAUCUAGUGGUGGGCCAGAUUACUCGUGACAGCGUCAAGAAAGCACUCGCGAAUGGCAUCACUGCCGACCAGAUCAUCAGUUAUCUCAUCACGCACGCCCACCCCCAAAUGCGCAAGAAUAAACCCCUUCUUCCAGUCACUGUGCAGGACCAAAUCCGCCUGUGGGAACUUGAGAGAAACCGUGUGAAGUCGCAAGAAGGAUAUUUGUAUACGGCCUUCGCUUCACAUGCCGACUACGAGUGGGUCCUCGACUACGCGAAGAAACUCGGUGUCGUGUUAUGGGAGAACCCCUCGAAACGGUGUUUCUUCGGCAGCGUUGAAGGGCACAUGAAUAUUCGAGGGUACAUCGAGCGACGGUCGGCAGGGAAUGCUUAGACCUGACGCUAUUGGCACAUUUUCCCUGCCUUCCUAUCGUUGCAUGUUAUGUAUUGACGCAUCACAGCCGCCGCAUGUUUUCUCAGAGAAGAUGCUAAAACGAACAAUCACGUUGUGGAAAGGGUGUCCGCUCGUCUGGGUGUUCGCGCCUGCGCCUCUAGGAGUUGACAACCAAUCAACAGCAGUACAGGGUGGAUAGUGUUACGUUCACGAUUACAACAAAUGCUCUCAAAAC